AUGUCGCAAGAUGAAGAACAAAUUCCUUGUCCUUUAGAUUUCUCUUUCAAAUCAUCACUACUCAUUCAAAAAUUCGAAACGGAACAUUGUAAACAACUCAGAGAAUUAACCUUGGUUGUGAUCGGAGCCUUUAGGAAACAAUCAGAUAAUAUGAGCAACAAUUUUACAAAGUUUAUGGUUGCAUGUUUGGAUAAAUCAAGUGGAAAGUACUUUUCUGUUUGUAUGGUCGGAACUGGAUUCACUCAAGAAUUAAGAGAGGACCUUUCGAGUAGAUUAUCUCAAUUGAUUAUUCCAGAACCAUUGGAAAAUUAUGUUUUCAAUAAGGAUCAAAUGGCAGAGGUAUGGUUUCGACCAGUUACAAUAUUUGAAAUUCAAGUGGCUGAUAUUUGUCUAUCUGGUAUUCAUAAGGCCGGUUUUGGAGUGUUUAAGGAGGGAAGUGGUUUAGGAUUGAGAUUUCCAAGAUUUGUUAAGGAAAGAAAAUUUAUGAAGCCAGAGGAUAUUACUACUGUGGAUGAAUUAAUUAAAUUGUACAAAAUAAUGAAUAAUUAUUAUUAA